GUAAUUUUCAAAGCCGGUCCAAAGUUAAGUGAGAUCUUAAAUAAACUUGUAGAAAGACAUUUUUGCUUUAAGUGAGAUCUAACAAGGCUAAACUAUAUUAUUUUACUGCACCAAAACAAAAAUAUAUUCUUUACAAAAAAAGAUGUUAGUAUUUAUCAAACAUUUUUGAGGAAAUUGGAUUUUUUUAAAAUUAUUCUUGAAAAUAUAAUUCCUAAAAAUAUAAUAGAGUUGUGUUACUUUGACAAAAUUUGACAAAAAAAUGAGACAAGACAACUAUUCUUGACAAUAAUUUGAAUGACUAAAGCAGUUUAAACACAUGAUUAAUUAUACUCAAUGAAUAAUUGAUAGAUAAUAGAAUGGCACAACUCACAACUCAAUCAAGUAAUUAGGCUUAAGUGGUUAAUGAGCUCUUUUUAAAACGAAUCUUUUAGGAGAGUCUGAGUUUAACUCUGAUAAAAAUAUCUAAUUUAUGUGAGUUUCAUGUGAUAUAUAUCAUUCCGUCUAAUACAAAAAAAUGCCAUUAAUCACAAUUUCCAUGCAUGUGUAAUAUUUCAAUUUUUUUCUGACAGUACUAUAAUCUUUUGAUAUUUUAAAGAAUUAUGCUGGUUUUGUGAGGCUAAGAUUAAAAGCAAUUGCCACAUGGUAAACCACACGUAUCUGAGUCUCUGGCUGAAAAAAAUCUAAGAAAUAUUUGUGAUCCACAACUUCCACAUCAGAGACGCAAAAAUAGAAUUGCUGAGUUGGCAACACAUUCAUACAUUCAUUCAUUCAUUCAUCACGUAAGAUUCCAACCCAUAUCCAAAUCCUUUCUAUCAAGCUUUUGUUUUCUUCUAUUUUUCACCUCUCUUCUUCCUAACUAUACGUGUUUCUUUCUCCUCCUCCAUUUUUUUUCAACCAUUCCACUCACACUUCUAAGCUAUUUUUCUUUCUAUGACCAUAACUGGAUACAAGUUAAAAAUGCAAUGAACUUCCUCAACUUUGGUUUUGUUACUUUUUGAGCAUUGCCACUAUGAUGGACUCUUUACUAACUUGUUCUCAAAGCCUCAAGGGAUAUGACCUGACAAAACAAAAGAAUCCUUGCUAUUCUCGUGCUGCUUCGCGAAUUUGUUCGAAUUCUAUGUUUACUCUUUCAUCAGUUGACAAGCAAGUUCCUAUUACAUCACAUAUAUGUUGUCAUAGUACAGCUUUAUCAGAUAAAUUCACCAGAAGAACGUCUCUGGAUGUUCCUUCGUUUGGUGGUCGGAAAUUAUCCUAUUUCUCUAAGUAUAGGUCACUACAAUGGGAAAGGUUGCGUAGAAGUGCGACAUAUGAUGUUGCUGGUGCUGUUGAAGUCAUCAAUGAUUUAGGAUUGGAUACUCUUACUUUCUUGGCAGUUACCGUCUUUAUCGUCCCCUCGUUCAAGUUAAUUAAAGCCAGUCCUAUACUUGGUUUCUUCUGUGCUGGGGUGGUGCUUAAUCAAUUUGGUUUAAUUAGGAACCUUGAAGAUGUUAAAGUUUUGUCUGAGUGGGGGAUCCUUUUCUUGCUGUUUGAGAUGGGUUUAGAACUUUCACUAGCACGUCUUAAAGCUCUUGCAAAAUAUGCCUUUGGAAUGGGAUUGGCUCAGGUUUUACUAUCUACUUUAGCAUUCACUGCUUUUGAGCUUCCACCAAAUGGGGCUGUUGGAACAAAAAUUUUGGAAUUUCUUUUCCACUCAAGGUCUGAUCUGGUGAACAUCAGAAGUAUUGAUGAAGCUGUAGUGAUUGGGGCUGCUCUCUCUCUGUCAUCAUCUGCAUUUGUUUUACAGCUUCUUGCAGAGAAAGGCGAGCUUCCUACGAGGCUCGGUUCAGCAACUCUUGGGAUACUUCUUUUACAGGACAUAGCUGUUGUGCCUCUUUUGGUCAUACUUCCAGUACUUGAGAGCCAGAAUAUGACUGAGGGAAGUAUUUGGCCCAUGCUUGCUCAAGAAAGUUUGAAGGCAUUAGGUGGAUUGGGUCUGCUUUCUUUUGGAGCAAAGUUUUUUCUCAGAAGAGUUUUUGAGGUUGUAGCAGAUACAAGAAGUUCAGAGGCUUUUGUCGCUCUUUGCUUGCUAACUAUUGCUGGGACUUCACUAAUCACACAGAAAUUGGGCUUCAGUGACACGCUUGGAGCAUUUUUAGCUGGGGCAAUCCUAGCAGAGACAAAUUUCAGGACCCAGAUUGAAGCUGACAUAAGACCAUUUAGAGGCUUGCUUCUCGGGUUGUUUUUUCUAACUACAGGGACUUCAAUUGACAUGCAGGUUCUCUUGAGAGAGUGGCCAAAUGUACUUGCGCUCUUGGCGGGUUUAAUUACUAUCAAGACAUUGAUUAUAACUGCGAUUGGUCCUCGUGUUGGCCUUACUUUAAAAGAAAGUGUAAGAAUAGGAUUGCUUCUAUCCCAAGGAGGAGAGUUUGGAUUUGUAGUAUUCUCUUUGGCGAAUAGUCUUGGGGUGCUUCCACUUGAGCUCAACAAGCUGCUCAUAAUUGUUGUUGUAUUGUCAAUGGCGUUAACCCCAUUUCUGAAUGAAGCUGGACGGAGGGCUGCUAGCUUUAUUGAAGACAAUUAUGAAGCUGAGGAUAAAGAGAAAGAUUCUGAGAUGAUUAACUUUGAAGUUAAUGAACCUGUUGUCGUCCUUGGAUUUGGACAAAUGGGGCAGGUCCUUGCCAAUUUGCUGUCCAACCCAAUGGCUUCAGGAGGAGAUAGUGAAGGAAUAGGCUGGCCUUAUGUGGCAUUUGAUAUUGACCCCAGGGUUGUAAAGGCAGCUAGAAAACAAGGUUUUCCUAUUCUCUACGGGGAUGGAUCACGUCCAGCUGUUCUUCAAUCUGCCGGUAUCUCUUCUCCAAAAGCUAUCAUGAUUAUGCUCACUGAGAAGGCGAAGUCAAUUGAAGCUGUUCAGAGGCUACGACUGGCUUUUCCUGCAGUUCCAAUAUACGCCAGAGCUAGAGAUCUAAAACAUCUUUUAGAUCUGAAGAAAGCAGGUGCAACGGAUGCUACUUUGGAAAAGGCUGAGACUAGCUUACAACUUGGUUCUAAGAUGCUGAAAGGCCUUGGGAUGAUGUCCGAUGAUGUAUCAUUUUUGAGUCAGCUUGUUAGAGAUUCUAUGGAACUACAAGCUGAAGAAGCAAACAGCCAACGAGAAUAUCGGGAAUCAACUAUUAUGGAACCAUUGCAGGUGAGAGUUUCUGACAUAAGGGGGCCACGCAUUCCGGUGGCAACUACUACACCAAACUCUGAAUUAUCAGUACAGAACCAGAUAGAUCAAGCUUCAUUGAGCACAAUUCAGAAGGAAGCAGAUCCUGAAGAACAAGAUUAUGAGCUAAAUCAAGCUGUUAAAUUAGAAGGAAACGGCACUUCAUAUAGCAAACAAGAUAUUGAAGAAAGCUCAGCGGUUGGAUCUCAAGAUGAUUUAGGCAAUUAAACUCUUCUGGACCCAUCACUCCCUUCCCAUACUACCAUGGAGGAACCCUGACAAUGUAGACAGGGCUUCUUCCCAUUAAUUUUGCGCCUCUAACCAUGUAAAUUUAGAAAGAUUUUAUUUGAGUUCCAUUUUUAUUGCAGAGCUAACAGUAUAUGUAUAGGAAACAUGUCAUUAAGAGUUUGUAGGACAGCAUCAUUCACUGAAUUGCUCAUUUCUAUUCUUUGAAAACAAUAAAGUGUAUAGUUACUUUAUUACAUGAUGAAAAUAAUUUAUAUUUCUUGCA